AUGCCUGCACCACUUGCCAAAGGUAUCAUCGUGACGGUCUCGGUUUUAGUGGCUGCUGGGGUGGCUGUCUACCAGUCCCCACAGUUCCAACAGUGGGUAACCAUUUCUCGACGCAAGAUUGCCUUGGCCUUGCACAACCUGGGCGAUGAGAUCCAGCCUGGUGACCAGAUCCGCCGAGAGGAUAUCUCUAUGACCGAGGAGGCCGGGGACGCUGCAGUGGAACGCAGACGGAUUGCUCGUGCAGAUAUUAUGAAGCGGGGUGUUUUGCUCGAGUCUCGACGAAAGAUAAGAGAGUCGCAGGAACCGCUCAACAGCUUCGACACUCUUGUAGACAGCGACGGUAAUCUACAAGUGCCAGAGAAUGACCACGGUAUCAACCCUGUUGGCACCUCAACUGGAUUUGAUUCAGGCUCUCAGCCUCGCCGUCGAGGUGAAGCCACUACCAUGAGCCAAGACCUCCAUGUCGAUAUUCCCUCAGAGACCGCAUCGAACCAUCCCUCGGAAUCUGUUGUCCAGCUGACUCCUACUUCAUCUGCGCCGGGGGAGACUCUUUUUGACCCAUUCUCUGAUUCUCCGGUCAGAGGCCAGUCACCAAUGUCUGCUUCAACUUCCAGCCACACGGAAGCCAGCCAACAGAUCUACUACGCCCAUCCUCAUUCGGGGUCCAAUAUCACGCAGCCACAAGACCUGCUCACCGAUCUUGACGACUUUGCUCAAGGAAAUCAAUUCCAGCAUCCUAUUUCCUCUGCCCCAUCUACCGCGGGCAGCUUCAGUCACGUCGGUGGAUUCGACGCUUCAUCCGAUGGCACAUUGAGUGACCUGGGCGCUUGCUCGGUAGGAGACAUCAAUACCCCAGCCAGCUGGUCUGAGGUGGGAAGUGAAAUCAGCAACGACGAUGCAGGUCAUCAUGAAUUGCUGUAA